AUGGCUGAUCCGGCGGGACCGGGACCGGGGAGACCGGGACCGGCGGGACCAGGACCUGGACCUGGGGGACCGGCGGGACCGGCCAGGAAGAGAUGGAGUUUCCCUCAGAGAGCUGAACCGGACCAGAACCAGAACCAGAACCAGAACCGAGCCGACGCCGACGGAGACCCGGAGAAGAGGCUGGUGGUCCCCUUCAGAGGGCUGGUUUCCGGAGGUCUCCAUCCUGGGAAGAAGCUGGUUCUGUUCGGGCUGGUGGACCCGAGACCGGACCGGUUCUUCGUGGCCCUGACCGUCGGCCCCGGGUCCUCCACGGCGCCCCCCCCUGACGUGGCCCUGGAGAUGUGUGUCCGGUUUCGGGACCGGCGGGUCCUCCGGAGGGCCUGCAGGGCCGGGUCCUGGGGGGCCAGCGAGGGGGCCGCGCCCUUCUUCCCCUUCAUCCGGGACCAGCCCUUCAAGAUGGAGAUCUUCUGUGAGCAGAGCCGGUUCCGGGUGGAGGUUGACGGGCAGCAGCUGUUUGACUUCCAGCACCGAGUGACGGAGCUCGGAACCAUCGACACGCUGUGGAUCAGGGGGAGUUUAACCAUCACCAAGCUGGGCUAG